UCUGCAAACCCCAAAGUCCCAUGUUAGCAGGAUAGUAACAGUGUCACCAACACCAACACCAACGCCAACGAGUGAAGCUUUGUGUUCGUUCCUCUUCCUCGAAUUUGAGACACCCACGAUUCCAGUUUUUGUCUUGAAUUUGUGUUAGUUUGUGUUUGAGAUGAGGUAACAUUCAAUCUUUAUUUGUGGGGGAUAAAUAUAAUGCACUAGCAGAUUCUAUGGUUAUAUAGCUUUGCUUGUGGAACAGCAUGGCUUUUCUUUCUUUGCCUUGCAGUACUGGGUCAUUUGUUACCCCUGAUAUGUUAAAGAUAAGAUAUUUUGGGGUAGAUGGAAAUUUCUGCACUCGUUCAUUUGCUUGGAAGCAGAAGCUUGAGUUUUGUGAAAGAAAAAGUAGAAUUCCCUCAUUCAGGUUUCCUUGUUGUUUCAAGUCACAACAUGGUGUUUCCAGCAACAAUAAAAUUGAGCCGCUUGUGAGUAGAACCAGGGGUGACGGAAAGGCGCAGAGUGGUAAAGGGGAAAGUAAUAGGUUGAAGAACAGAUUUUCAUUGAGAUUGCGGCCGAGGUUACGGUUAUUAGCUAUGAGAAUGAAAAGGACUUCCAUUGAAUCCAUUUUGAAUGAGGUGGGGAUCUUCGUUCGUAGGAACAUUAGGACAGUGGCAUUUUCUACCUCAUUUUCUUUAGUGUUUGGCCUUUGUUUCAUGUUUUUGAAAUUGACAGCGCUCCCCCCUCAAAAAAUUGUUCCAUAUUCGGAAUUGGUUACAAGCCUUCAAAAUGGGUCUGUUGCAAAAGUAUUAGUUGAAGAGGGAUCUCGGCGUAUAUAUUACAAUAUGAACUCCGAAACUGUUGAAAACGAUCAGGUUUCCGGUGAAGAAUCACAAGGAGCAGAUGUUUCAAUUGAUAAGGAUAUAAAUCAGGUUGGGAGUGAGGAUACUUUAAGAGCUGGCCAAACUCCAGUGGUGAAUAAAUUGAAUAAAUUCUCCAGGACUCGAUCUUCUAUUCCUCAGUGGCAGUAUUCCACAAGAAAAAUCGAGCAUGAUGAAAAGUUCCUUAUUAGUUUGAUGAGAGAGAAGGGAGUUACAUAUAGCUCUGCCCCUCAAUCUGUGUUAAUGUCAAUGAGGAGUACUUUGAUAACUGUGAUCACACUAUGGAUACCUUUAAUUCCAUUGAUGUGGCUUCUGUAUCGUCAACUUUCUGCUGCCAAUAGUCCUGCAAGGAAGCAGAAACCGAAUAGUCAGACAGUUGGAUUUGAUGAUGUGCAAGGUGUUGAUUCCGCAAAAGUAGAACUCAUGGAGAUAGUUUCAUGUCUGCAAGGGGAUAUAAAUUACCAAAAGGUGGGGGCGAAGCUACCUCGAGGUGUGUUGCUGGUAGGUCCUCCUGGAACUGGGAAGACGUUACUUGCACGUGCGGUGGCAGGGGAAGCAGGUGUACCCUUUUUUACUGUAUCUGCCAGUGAGUUUGUGGAAUUAUUUGUUGGAAGAGGGGCAGCUAGAAUCAGAGACCUUUUCAACACUGCAAGGAAAUUUGCACCAUCAAUUAUAUUCAUUGAUGAACUUGAUGCUGUUGGAGGUAGGCGUGGAAGAAGUUUCAAUGAUGAACGUGACCAAACGCUGAACCAGUUGCUAACAGAAAUGGAUGGAUUUGCAUCCGAGAUGAGAGUGGUUGUCAUUGCAGCAACUAACCGACCAGAAGCAUUGGAUCCAGCCUUAUGUCGCCCGGGUCGUUUCUCAAGAAAAGUAUAUGUAGGGGAACCAGAUGAAGAAGGGAGGAGAAAGAUAUUAGCAGUACAUCUAAGGGGAGUUCCUUUAGAGGAGAACGCUAACAUCAUUUGUCAUUUAGUUGGUUCUCUUACUGCUGGCUUGGUAGGUGCUGAUCUGGCAAACAUUGUCAAUGAAGCUGCUUUGCUUGCUGCUCGUAGAGGUAGUGAAACUGUGGCUAGGGAAGACAUAAUGGAAGCGAUUGAAAGAGCAAAGUUCGGAAUCAAUGAUAAGCAAUUGAGGUCUAGUAAAAUAGGCAAGGAGCUAAGUAAGCUAUUCCCUUGGAUGCCGUCAUUGAUGGGAAGAGGUGAUAGGAGACAGGAUGACCUGCAAGGACCAUUAGGUUAUCAAUCACUGAAUUCAUGAAUGGACUUGCUUGUUAAAUUUACUUAUAGUUUAUUUAAAAUUUCCCCCUGUAAUUGUUCCCUGAUUUUCUUUUAUGCUAGAAAUUUUGUUUCCCCUAUACAUGAUGCUUAAGAGUAAGAAUACGUUGUCCAUAGAGAGUGAGAAGUUGUCUUCAUUUAAGUGUGUAUCAAUACAAGUUAAACUUAAAUUAAAAGUACAUUUUUCUCAAUCCAUA